GGCAAAAUAAAAUAAUAAAACCAUGUGAAAAGAAUGAUAAAAAGGCAAAUCCACAGAGUACGCUCAAAUCAAAACACAGACAAAAGUGUCUAAAUCAGGAAGAUUUUAACUAAUUUCUGUUACAGUCUAAACUUAUAAAUUUGUAUUAUACUAUUGUAAUCUUGUAUUCUUACUUAUAUAUAAAAUGUUAACAUUUAGUCGUUUGUGUAAGGCGUCCCGUAACAUUAUUAAAAUAUAUUAUAAUAAAAUAGAUUCCACAAGGAAUGUUUUUCUGAAUUCAGUAAGGUGUAAUAGCAAUGUUGCUAACUUGCUUCGGUCUCCGAAAAUAAAGAAGAAGGAACCACAGGAAAUUUUAAAAUGGAUACUUUUGAUGAUGCCUGCAACUUCAUUUGGGCUUGGUUGUUGGCAAGUUUAUAGACUGCAGUGGAAAUUGGAGCUUAUUGAUAUUUUGCAAGCUAAAUCUAAUGCUGCCCCAGUAGAUAUGCCACCCGAUUUCAACCUUUUGGAAGAAUUGGAGUAUAGACCAGUCAAAGUGCGAGGGGAAUUUCUUCAUGAUAAAGAGAUAUGUAUUGGACCAAGGGCACUCAUUGAGUCUGAGACAGGCAUGGAAAGGCCUGGCUCAUUGGUAUCAGAUCCUAAGAAAAACCAAGGCUGGCUGGUUAUUACUCCUUUCAAAUUGGAAGAUACUGGGAGGGUGAUUUUAGUUAACAGAGGGUGGGUACCACAGAGGUACCGUUCUAAAGAAAAGAGGCAAGCAUCAUUAGUGAGUGGACCUGUCGAACUCGUGGGUGUGGUGAGACUUACAGAGAAAAGAGCACCAUUUAUGCCCAAAAACAAACCAGAGAGUGGAUCUUGGUAUUCAAGAGAUUUAGAGCAGAUGAGUGAUUACAUUGGCUGUGAACCCGUGUGGUUAGACGCUCGAGGCAGCUGGGAGCCGCCAGAGAGCUGGCCUAUCCCCAACCAGACACGCGUCACUCUUAGAAAUGAACACGUGUCCUACAUUUUCACCUGGUUCUGUCUAUCCGCGUUCACUGGCGUAAUGUGGCAUCGCUACUUCAUAAGGAAAUUACCUCUAAUAUAGUUUUAAAUAUUUUUGUUAAUAGUAAAUAGUCUUGUGUAGAUAUGCAUUCAGUAAGAUUGUGUAAGAUUAUAAAAUAAAAAAACCCAUGUUGAUGAGAUCUA